ACCAGGUUUACGCAUUGAAAUUAAUUCGGUUUACAGUUUGGUUUAGUAAACCGAUUGAUAACCACCGGUUUUGAAAGUAUCAAAACAAAAGAGUGAAUGGAUGAGAGCUAAGUGAAGAAGCUCCAGGAACACGCCAUAGCUAUGGCUCUUCUCUGUCCUUCUCUUCCCUCUCCCAAUUCUCGUCUUUUCAGGCGCAGGAGCAGCAACAUUUCGAGUAAGUAUCAUGGAGAAUCGAAGGAGCUGAUGAUUGCUCGUUCUGGUGUAUCUACGAGAUCAAUUUCUUCCGAAAAAGGGCUCUCUCGUAGGGAUUUGGUGCUAAUUGGUCUCUCUUCUCCUUUGUCUAUGCUCUUGCCACUGUCGUCUCCUGGUAAUGCUUUGCUUGCUUCUAUUGCUCAUCUUUUAGUAUCCUAUAAAUUCGUCACUCAUGCAGAAGAAGACUUGAAAAUGGGUACAGAAGAAUUGAAAAUGGGUACAAUGGUGGAUGAUAUUAAUGCUUAUUCUUAUGCUUACCCAUUGGAUUAUCCAUCUGAGAAGCUUGUCUUCAAAUGGGUCGAAUCAAGAAAGCCUGAACGUUACUCUUCAGCUGCACCACUCUCUCCUGAUGCACGUUUACGGAUUGUUUCUGAACGAGUUGACCUUAUCGACAACCUCGUCAUUUCUGUUUCGAUAGGUCCCCCAAACUCAAGAUUAACAUCUAAAGAAAAGAAAACAUGGGCCGCUAAAGAAGUUGCUGACUCUGUUUUGUCUGAUAAAUCAGCAUUGCGUGUCACCUCAAGUCAGCGUCUCGAAGAGAGCUCGGUUCUCGAUGCACAUGCUACUGAUAUUGAUGGGGAGCCUUACUGGUACUACGAGUACCUUGUCCGCAAAUCACCAACCAAAAUCGCUGAAGCAUCAAAGCUUUACAGACACUAUAUUUCUUCAACAGCUGAACGUGAUGGGUACUUAUACACCAUAAACGCUUCAACUCUUGGCAAGCAAUGGGACAAGAUGGGACCGGUGUUAGAAAGAGCAGUAGGAUCCUUUAGGCUUCUUCCUCCUACUGAUAGUUAUGUUCCUCCAUACAAGGAUCCAUGGAGGUUUUGGUGAUGCUUCCAUCUAUCUACCUCAGCAUCUCACCAAAAAUACUUUUUUCCGAAAUUGUUGUUAAUUUUGAUAGGAGAGGUUAUGAAAGAUGCAGUGGGAGAAAUGAGCGAAGCAAAGUAAUUUGUCCAAAUCUGAAAAUCUUGUUCACAAUCAAAUGUAUUGAGAUGG